AUGUUCUGCAUUCACUCGUUUUCCUUCAUGGAGUCGGCAGUUCUCCUGGUCAUGUCCUUUGACCGUUUUGUGGCCAUCUGCCACCCCUUGAGGUACUCAGUCAUUAUCACAGUCCAGCGAGUAAUGAGGACAAGCCUGUGUGUCAUCCUCCGGGGUCCUGUGAUCCUUAUCCCUAUUGUUGUCCUCCUGAAAGCCUUUCCCUACUGCAGACGUCUGAUCCUCUCCCAUUCAUUUUGCCACCACCAGGAAGUGAUACACCUGGCAUGUGUAGACACCACCUUCAACAACUUAUAUGGACUGAGCCUGGUGGUGUUCACUGUCAUGUUGGACUUGGUGCUCAUUGCACUGUCUUAUGGAUUCAUCCUGCACACCGUGGCAGGCCUGGCCUCUCAAGAGGAGCAGCGACGAGCCUUCCAGACAUGUACCUCCCAUCUGUGUGCUGUGCUAGUGUUCUUCAUGCCCAUGAUGGGGCUCUCCCUGGUACACCGCUUCGGGAAGCAUGCCCCACCUGCUGUCCACAUUCUUUUGGCCAACAUCUACCUUUUUGUGCCUCCCAUGCUUAACCCAAUCAUAUAUAGUAUUAAGACUAAAGAGAUCUGCCGUGCCCUCAUCAAGCUCCUAGGUCUUAAAAAAAAGUUAAUUCCGAGUCCUGGAGUUGAAUCAUUCAAGUCCGGUGUCUACACUCCCAACAUCCUAGGAUCCACAUUGCCCAGAUCCAAGUGUGCACACUCCAAAGAUCCCAGUGUCCACACUCCACAGAUCCCAGUAUGCACACUCCCCUAUGCCAGUGUCCACACUCUCAACAUCCCAGUAUCCACACUGCCGAAAUCCCCAAUUCCACAUUCUCCAGAUGUCAAUCCCAGUGUCCACACUCCCCAGAUCCCAGUGUACACAAUCCCCCUAUUCCAGUUUCCACACUCCAUAGAUCCCAGUGUCCACACUCUAUCUUCCCCGUGUCCACCUACUCCAGAUCCCAGUGUCCACUCUUCCACAUCCCAAUCUCCCAGUAUCCACACCCUACGGAUCCCAGUUUUCACACUCCCCUGUUCCAAGUGUCCACACUCCCAGAUCCCUGUGUACACUCUCCUCUGCUCCCAGUGUGCCCACUCCCCAGAUCCCAUUGAUCACUCUCCCAAGAUCCCAUCCACAGAGCCCAUUGUCCAUACUUCCCAUAUCCCAGUGUGCACACUCACCUAUCCCAGUCUCCACACUCCCAAGAUCCCAGUAUCCACACUGCUAGAUCCCCGAGUCCAUACUCUCCAGAUUGUCAAGACUGCAAAGACUACAGUGUCCAAACUCCCCACAUCCCAGUAUCCAGACUCCAUAGAGUCCACUGUCCACACUGUCCAGAUCCGGAGUCAACACUCCCAGAUCCCUGUGUGCACUCAUCCCAGUGUUUCCAACCCCAGAUUCCAUUGA